GUAAUCAUUAUCUUGUUUACACUGUCUUCAUUUGUUUUUAGUAGUCAGUUGCGCUAUUCUGUGUUAGAAGAAAUUAGACACAACUCUGUAUUAGGCAACAUUGCAAAGGAUCUGGGCCUGGAUACUCAAGAUCUGGAGGUGAGGAAACUGAGGAUUGUCUAUCAUAACAGGAAGCACAACUUUUUCAAUGCUAGUUUAGAUGGUAAUAUUUAUGUUAUUAGUAGAAUAGAUAGGGAGGAAAUAUGUGGAUCAGAGCAAGUCUGUUUGCUGGAUCUUGAGAUUAUUAUUGAAAAUCCAGUGAACGUAUUUCCAGUUACUGUGGAGGUUCUAGAUAUAAAUGAUAAUGCCCCAGCAUUUUCUAAAGAUAUUUUUGAGAUUGGAAUAAGUGAAUCAGCUUCUGCAGGAGCACGUUUUGUUCUGGGAAAUGCGAUUGAUCCAGAUCUAGGUAUCAAUUAAUUACAGAGUUAUACCCUUAACCCGAAUCCACACUUUACCUUGGGGGAAAAAAUUGACCGUGAAGGGACAAAACAUCCAGAACUCAUUUUGGAACAACCUUUAGAUCGUGAAAAACAUGAUUAAUAUACCUUAAUAUUAAUGGCAUCUGAUGGGGGCCAACCUAAGAGAACUGGAACUGCUGUUAUUAAAAUUGAGGUACAGGAUGUUAAUGAUAACUAUCCAAUAUUCAGCCAAGACACGUACCGAAUCAGCUUAAGAGAAGAUACGCCUAUCGGUUCUGUAGUUCUUUAUCUAAACGCCAGUGAUAAAGAUGAUGGUUCCAAUGCAGAAAUCGCUUAUUCCUUCAGUCACAUUUCAGAAAAUGCAAGGCAAACCUUUACUAUGGAUUCUCAAACAGGAGUCAUAAGAACAAAAGCAAAUUUAGAUUUUGAAAGCACACCAGGCUACAAAAUUAGUGUGGAAGCAAAGGAUGGUGGAGGUUUAGUGGCAAAAUGUAGUAUAGUGGUGCAAAUUGUGGAUGUCAAUGACAAUGCACCUGAAAUCCUAAUAGCAUCACUAUCUACACCCAUUCCAGAAGAUUCUGUGCCUGGAACACUCGUGGCCCUAAUUAACGUUAAAGAUUUGGAUUCAGGAAAAAAUGGCGAGGUCACUUGUCAUCUAACGGAAGUCUUUCCUCUAAAGUUAAUACAAUCAUCUAAUAAUUAUUACAAACUUGUCACUACAAAUUACUUGGACAGAGAAAAAAAUUCGACUUACAAUAUAACACUUUUAGCUGAAGAUGAAGGUUACCCCUCAAUGACAACCAUGUCAACUAUCUACUUAUGUGUUUUAGACGUGAAUGAUAAUAUGCCAGUCUUUGAUAAACCGGUGUAUAUUUCCUACAUUGCAGAACAUACUCCUGCUGGAACUUCAGUUCUUAACAUUAAUGCUUCAGAUCUAGAUAGUAAUGAGAAUGCUCGAGUCAUUUAUUCUAUCAUUAGUACCAAUAUUGAUAACAUUCCAGUAUCUUCAUAUGUUUCCAUAAACUCAAUGACUGGAGUUAUUUAUGCCCAGAGAUCAUUUGACUAUGAACAGUUACGAGAAUUCCAGUUUCAAGUGAUGGCUAAGGACAAUGGAUCUCCUUCUCUAAGCAGUAAUGCUACAGUCAAGAUUUGUAUAAUAGAUAAAAAUGAUAAUAUUCCUAAAAUUCUCUAUCCAUCAUCAGAUACUGAUGAAUCUGCAUUAUUUGAAUUUAUUCCUCACACUGCUGAGAAAGGUUAUUUAGUCACCAAAGUAAUUGCAGUGGAUGCUGACUCUGGACACAAUGCCUGGCUCUCUUACCACUUGCUACAGCUUCCUGAACCAUCAUUAUUCACCAUUGGUCUGCAUACUGGUGAAAUUAAGAUAGGGAAGGACCUUCAGGAUAUUGACUCUUUAAGACAAAAGAUUGUGGUUUUGGUGAAGGACAAUGGAGUUCCCUCCCUGUCAGCUACUGCAACUUUGAAUUUACUUGUGGGCAAAAACUUUCAACAAGUUGUACCAGAGAUAAGACGACAACCAGCCAAUUCAGACACAUCAUCAAAUGUAACAUUCUACCUUGUGAUUGCCAUAGCUUUUAUAUCAAUUUUAUUCAUUAUGAUAGUAUUGAUUGUAAUAGUUUUCAAGUGUAGAAAAAACAGCUCCCCCACUUCCCUUGGAACUCUUGGAAGAAAUGUUUAUCCUCAGUUUACCUUGGGAUGUCCUUCUGAGAUCAGUGAUACAAGUUUACCGUUUCCAUUCUCCUAUGAUGUAUGUGUGACUCUUGACUCAAAGCAGAAUGAAAUUGCUUAUCUCAAACCAGUCCAGAAUGUCCCCACGGAGAACCUCAUUGACACAGAUGACUCACAUUCAGAGAAUGUUGCACAGGUAAGCUAA